AUGGGUAUUCCCUUAUCAAAGGCCAUCGCCAAGAUCUUUGGCAACAAAGAGAUGCGCAUCCUCAUGCUCGGUCUCGACGCUGCCGGAAAGACCACCAUUCUUUACAAGCUCAAGCUGAACCAGUCUGUCACAACCAUUCCUACAGUCGGAUUCAACGUCGAGACGGUGGUGUACAAAAAUGUCAAGUUCAACGUCUGGGACGUUGGUGGACAAGACAAGAUCAGACCCCUGUGGCGCCAUUACUACACUGGCACCCAGGGAUUGAUCUUUGUUAUCGACUCGCAGGAUAGGGACAGGAUAGAUGAGGCACGACAGGAGUUGCACCGCAUCAUCUCAGAUCGGGAAAUGAAGGACUGUCUCUUGCUCGUCUUUGCCAACAAGCAGGAUCUCCCCGGAGCUAUGACGCCCGCAGAAGUAACAGAACGCUUGCAGUUGCACACGAUGAGGGAGCGUCCUUGGUAUGUGCACCCAUCGUGCGCCACUACUGGCGAGGGUCUCUUUGAGGGCCUGAACUGGAUGAGCCAGAACGUCAAGAGCAAGUAA